AUGUUUAUCUGGGAUUGGUUCACUGGCGUACUAGGGUUUCUUGGGUUGUACAAGAAGUCCGGAAAGCUCCUUUUCCUGGGAUUGGAUAAUGCUGGCAAGACAACACUGCUGCAUAUGUUGAAGGAUGAUCGACUAGCACAGCAUGUCCCAACAUUACAUCCUACAUCAGAAGAGCUGUCGAUAGGUAGUAUGCGGUUCACGACCUUCGACCUCGGCGGGCAUCAGCAGGCGCGGCGUGUGUGGCGCGACUACUUCCCCGCCGUGGACGCGAUUGUUUUCCUUGUGGACGCCUGCGACCGAGCGAGGCUGGUCGAGUCCAAGAACGAACUAGAUUCCCUCCUCACCGACGAAACCCUCAGCAACUGUCCCGUGCUCAUACUGGGGAACAAAAUCGACAAACCCGGCGCAGCCAGCGAGGACGAACUGCGCCAGUUCUUUAACCUCUACCAGCAGACCACUGGAAAGAAUAAAGUGUCGCGGUCGGAGUUGCCGGGGCGGCCGUUGGAGUUGUUCAUGUGUUCGGUGCUGAAGCGUCAGGGUUAUGGAGAGGGUUUCCGUUGGCUAGCGCAGUACAUAGACUGA